AUUUGUGACAACAUGUCAGUUGUUCCUUCGGUGAUUGUGUCCCAGGCUUUCUCUACAGACGCAGUGUGGAUGAAAUUGUCAACGGGAUUCAACUAUCGGAGAGCUAAAUGUGUUAUUAUUCUGAUUUAAAACUAAACUGCCUCUCUUCUCUCUGCUGGGACUAGUUAAGUUCGAGGCCUCCAAGUUCUUCUAACUUAAUUCUGAGCUCUCAUCCUUUCUAUCUGGUUCCCCCAGCAAACAUGGAAUUCGCCUAAACACAUCUCCAUCUGACCUGAGGUUCCAGGCCUUUUCAGACUUAACUUUUGUCUCGUCACAGUCCCAGGCCACGAAGCACAGAGGGGACAUUCUAACUCUUCCUCUCUUACCCAGUCCCCCUCCUGUCCUGGUUUUUGAGUCUUCCAAAUGGAAAGUUUCAGCCAUCUCAGUUGGUGAUGCGCCCAUUUCUUCUUGUUGAACCACAGUCCGAUGGAGUUGCACCUAGAGGAAUUAUGCAGCUUGGCUGAAGAGGAAAUAAAAACAGAACAGGAGGUGGUAGAGGGCAUGGAUAUCUCUACUCGCUCCAAAGAUCCUGGCUCCACAGAGAGAACAGCCCAGAAAAGAAAGUUCCCCAGCCCUCCGCAUUCUUCCAAUGGCCACUCGCCCCAGGACACAUCAACAAGCCCCAUUAAAAAGAAAAAGAAACCCGGCUUACUGAACAAUAACAAUAAGGAGCAGUCAGAACUAAGACAUGGUCCGUUUUACUAUAUGAAGCAGCCACUCACCACAGACCCUGUUGAUGUUGUACCGCAGGAUGGACGAAAUGAUUUCUACUGCUGGGUUUGUCACCGGGAAGGCCAAGUCCUUUGCUGUGAGCUCUGUCCCCGGGUUUAUCACGCUAAGUGUCUGAGACUGACAUCGGAACCAGAGGGGGACUGGUUUUGUCCUGAAUGUGAGAAGAUUACAGUAGCAGAAUGCAUCGAGACUCAGAGUAAAGCCAUGACAAUGCUCACCAUUGAACAAUUAUCCUACCUGCUCAAGUUUGCCAUUCAGAAAAUGAAACAGCCAGGGACAGACGCAUUCCAGAAGCCCGUUCCUUUGGAACAGCAUCCUGACUAUGCGGAGUACAUCUUCCAUCCCAUGGACCUUUGUACAUUGGAAAAGAACGCUAAAAAGAAAAUGUACGGCUGCACGGAAGCCUUCCUGGCUGAUGCGAAAUGGAUUUUGCACAACUGCAUCAUUUAUAAUGGGGGAAAUCACAAAUUGACGCAAAUAGCGAAAGUAGUCAUCAAAAUCUGUGAGCAUGAGAUGAAUGAAAUCGAAGUAUGUCCAGAGUGUUAUCUAGCUGCUUGCCAAAAACGAGAUAACUGGUUUUGUGAGCCUUGUAGCAAUCCACAUCCUUUGGUCUGGGCAAAACUGAAGGGGUUUCCGUUCUGGCCCGCUAAAGCUCUGAGGGAUAAGGAUGGGCAGGUUGAUGCCCGUUUCUUUGGACAACACGACAGGGCCUGGGUUCCAAUAAAUAAUUGCUACCUCAUGUCUAAAGAAAUUCCUUUUUCUGUGAAAAAGACUAAAAGCAUCUUCAACAGUGCAAUGCAAGAGAUGGAGGUUUACGUGGAGAACAUCCGCCGGAAGUUUGGGGUCUUUAAUUACUCUCCGUUCAGGACACCCUACACGCCCAACAGCCAGUACCAAAUGCUGCUUGACCCCGCCAACCCCAGCGCCGGCGCCGCCAAGAUCGACAAGCAGGAGAAGGUCAAGCUCAACUUCGACAUGACGGCGUCGCCCAAGAUCCUGAUGAGCAAGCCCAUGCUGAGCGGGGGCACGAGCCGCAGGGUCUCCCUGUCGGACAUGCCCCGCUCCCCGAUGAGCACCAACUCCUCGGUGCACACGGGCUCCGACGUGGAACAGGACGCCGAGAAGAAGGCCACGUCCAGCCAUUUCAGCGCCAGCGAGGAGUCCAUGGACUUCCUGGAUAAGAGUACAGCUUCACCAGCCUCCACCAAGACGGGACAAGCAGGGAGUUUAUCCGGCAGCCCGAAACCUUUCUCUCCUCAAGCGUCCACACCAAUCACGACGAAAACAGACAAGACAGCCACCACGGGAAGCAUCCUGAAUCUUAACCUGGAUCGAAGCAAGGCUGAGAUGGACUUGAAGGAGCUGAGUGAAUCCGUCCAGCAGCAAUCUGCCCCUGUUCCUCUCAUCUCUCCCAAGCGGCAGAUUCGAAGCAGAUUCCAGCUAAAUCUCGACAAGACGAUAGAGAGUUGCAAAGCACAAUUAGGCAUAAAUGAAAUCUCUGAAGAUGUCUAUACGGCUGUAGAGCGCAGCGAUUCGGAGGAUUCUGAGAAGUCAGAUAGUAGUGAUAGUGAGUAUAUGAGUGAUGACGAACAGAAGUCCAAGAAUGAGCCGGAAGAUGCCGAAGACAAAGAGGGCGCUCAGAUGGACAAAGAGCCAUCUACUGUCAAAAAAAAGCCCAAAUUGGCAAACCCAGUGGAGACGAAAGAGGAGCUGAAAGUCAGCACGUCGCCCACCAGCGAGAAAGCAGACCCAGGCUCAGUCAAGGAAAAGACAAGCCCCCAGCCCGAGAAGGACUUUGCAGAAAAAGCAAAACCGUCGCCCCACCCCACAAAGGAUAAGCUGAAGGGAAAAGAUGAGACGGAUUCCCCAACAGUGCACUUGGGCCUGGACUCUGAUUCAGAGAGCGAACUUGUCAUAGAUUUAGGAGAAGACCAUUCUGGGCGGGAGGGUCGGAAAAAUAAGAAGGAACCCAAAGAACCAUCUCCCAAGCAGGAUGUUGUAGGUAAAGCUCCACCAUCCACUACGGCGGGCAGCCAGUCUCCCCCGGAAACGCCAGUCCUCACCCGCUCUUCCUCCCAAACUCCCACGGCUGGUGUCACGGCCACCACCAGCACCACGUCCACGGUCACGGCCCCGGCCGCCGCCGCCACGGGAAGCCCGGUGAAAAAGCAGAGGCCGCUCUUACCGAAGGAGACUGCCCCGGCCGUGCAGCGGGUCGUGUGGAACUCAUCAACUGUCCAACAGAAGGAGAUCACGCAGAGCCCAUCCACCUCCACCAUCACCCUGGUGACCAGCACCCAGUCAUCACCCCUGGUCACCAGCUCAGGGUCCACGAGCACCCUCGCGUCCUCCAUCAGUGCAGACCUGCCCAUUGCCACUGCCUCCGCUGACGUCGCCGCCGACAUUGCCAAGUACACGAGCAAGAUGAUGGACGCGAUAAAAGGCACGAUGACAGAAAUAUAUAACGACCUUUCUAAAAACACUACUGGAAGCACCAUAGCCGAGAUCCGCAGGCUGAGGAUUGAGAUAGAGAAACUUCAGUGGCUGCACCAGCAAGAGCUCUCGGAAAUGAAACACAACUUGGAGCUGACCAUGGCGGAGAUGCGCCAGAGCCUAGAGCAGGAGCGGGACCGGCUGAUCGCCGAGGUGAAGAAGCAGCUGGAACUGGAGAAGCAGCAGGCGGUGGAUGAGACUAAGAAGAAGCAGUGGUGUGCCAACUGCAAGAAGGAGGCCAUCUUCUACUGCUGCUGGAACACCAGCUACUGUGACUACCCCUGCCAGCAGGCCCACUGGCCCGAGCACAUGAAGUCCUGUACCCAGUCAGCUACCGCCCCUCAGCAGGAAGCAGACCCCGAGGUGAACACAGAAACACUAAACAAGGCAUCCCAGGGGACCCCCUCCAGCACGCAGGCAACCCCUGUGGAAACCAGCACCUCGAAGGAGAAGGAGACGUCCGCGGAGAAGGGCAAGGACAGUGGCUCGACCAUUCCCGGAGCAGUAAGUCCAGUUGCUGGAGCGGCAGCGAUGAGAAACGAGGGUCCACCCGUUCUGAGCACAACACCAGCGCCAGCUCGAAGAGCCUCAUCCCGAAAGAGUCUCGGCUGGACACCUUCUGGGACUAGGGACAAACUGGGACAAAAGCCACCCACCCCAUGGAGGAAAAAAAAACCAGACACCAGGAAAACAGAAGACAGCAAAGAAAUGUGAGACAGGAGGACAGCUGGCUUCAGGCUGGAGGGUGCCAGCCAUUCGGACUUGGCCUGGGCACCUGGACCGAAGGGCCGCCCACACUACGUCACGUCCAGCAUUAGCCUUGACUGAGGAACUUCGACCCACGUGAAACCUAUGCUUCAGAUGUAAAUAAUGUAUAAUCUGUGGAUGUCAUCGAGCCUAGAGUACCUUCCCCUUUUUAUAUUUGUAUUGACUUUAACUUAUAAAAAAAAAAGAGAGAAAAACAAUUAAAAAAAAAAAAAUACACCCAACAACAAAAAGAAUGGAUGUUGGAGAAGGGACGUCUGCCAGCCCAUCUGUUACCGUGUGUGGAGAGGGCAUGGGGAUGGCUGUGGCACGCGGGUCCCCAUCCUGGGACGCCCGGGGGUUAGCCAGCCACUUCCACUCAUACGUCUGUACCCAGCACAGUAGGACCUGGAGUUCCCGGCACAGGUGCUGUGUGAUCAUGGCCACAUCCCACCCAGCCCUUGGCCCCUCUCAAAUACUACGUUACUGUGUUAUCAAAGGCAAGCUCUCUGGACCAGAAGGACACAUGGAGGAGCUCGUUUAUUUUAUGUGAUUUCCGUGAUGACUCUACUCAUAGAAAAGGGAAAAAAAGGAAAGAAAAAAAAAAAAAAAAAGCCAACGUCCUUGUUUACAGAAGAUCAAAUAGAAACAAGGCCGGCUCAGCUCAGUGGCCGAAGCAAAGAACAUACAAAACGUGUUAAGAGUCAGAAGCUCUGAAACAAAGAGAAAUCUUUCCUUUGCUUUGUGGUUCCUUUCAACACACUCACACCCGCUUGGUAAGAGAUGGCCGUGCUUCUCGGAGGCAAGACCCCAAAGGCAAGACGCACGCAGAGGACAUUUGAGUCUGGGAUGAAGCAUGUAUGUAUUAUUUAUACGAUGGAAUUCCACGUUUUUAUGUAAGCAUGACACAGAGGCAGUGUGAGAGGGAGCAGGCAUCGCCCUGCUGUCUGUUACACUACGUAGUACCAUUUUGUAUGUUGUGUAAAACAAGAAGCUUUGAACAAAGCAAACAGGUGAUGUAUGUAUAUGAGAAAAAUUAAUUGUACGAUAUCAUUCCAGUACCUUUUGUUGUACAUUUUAGUCUCGUUUACUUUCUCUUCACUGUUGAUAAGAGGAUCCUGGAUGUACAGUUUCCAGCUAGUUCCCCAUAUUAGAGAAGAAAUAAAAAAGAGAGUAUUAGAGGAAAAUGGGAGAGAAAGAACGUUUGUGAAUUGCAGUUGUCAAAACAAAACAAAAAAAAAUAGCCUAGCUGGCCUUAUUUGUGAAGCAUAAUUGCUUUUAGCAUAUGGAAGUAUUUUUUCACAUUUUCUUUGUAUAAAAUUUGUAUUAAACUUAAAUAUCUUUUUUGAUGAUGGUGUUUCUUUGUGACUGAGCCAGUGAACUCACACGGUAUGCUCUUUUGGGUUCCCCCCACCCCCAGUUUUUUCAGAUUCUUCACCUUUUUUUAAUUAAACUGUUUUGGAAAAAUGG